CCUGGCCCAGAGCUGUCUGGCUGGAGCAUCAGGAAAGGACUAAAGAUUAGAUUUUAGGAAAAGUAGAAGCAAUGUUUCAAAGACCUGUAUUGCAGGUACUUCACACAUUUGUAAUACAUGAGUCUGAAAUAGUAAGCAACUUGGUUUUCAAAAGAUUUCUGAAUCAUGUGCAGUUACUUGGGCGAGUUGAUCAGGACCCUGUCAUGAGACACGUGGAAGGAAAACAACAAGUCACAUUAUUUUCUCCAGCAACAAAUGAGAUGUGGAAAUCAGGAGACAAUGAAGCAUACCAAAUGCGUGACAUCAGUCAAAAGACAACAUGGUACAGAAUUUCAGUAUUCCGAUCAGACCUCAGAGAUGUGGCAUAUCAGUAUGUGAAAAAGGGCUCUCGAAUUUAUGUGGAAGGGAAAGUAGACUAUGGUGAAUACAUGGCUAAAAAUAAUGUGAGGAGACAAGCAACAAUAAUCAUAGCUGACAACAUUAUAUUUCUGAGUGACCAGAUGAAAGAGAAGGCAUAGAGCAGACCAUUCUUCUUUGGUCAGUGUUUGGUAUAGUCUCAUUUCCAAAUCAUGUAUAGUCUUUAUAGU